CCCCUAUCCAACUAUUCAGCCCUUUGUUCCUUCUUCAGACUACUUGCUCCUCCGCAGAAAUGCCCACAUCAUCCGCCGUCUCUCUCAACGUGCUCAUAUCCGGCUCUGGUAUUGCAGGGCCAUGUUUUGCUUACUGGCUAAACCGCCUACUUCCAUCCUCAAAAAUCACCAUCGUUGAACGUAGCCCCGAACCACGCUUAGGUGGCCAGGCAGUCGAUCUUCGUUCAUCAUGUCUGCCUAUUGUAAAGAAAAUGGGCCUGUUGGGCAAGGUCAAAGAACACAAUACAACCGAGGUGGGAAUGCAAUUUGUCUACCGCAAUGGCAAAACAAGAGCGACUUUUGAGGCAACAGGAGAAGAAGAACGCCAGAGUGCAACGAGCGAGUAUGAGAUCCUCCGUGGAGACAUGGCACGCAUCGUUUACGACGCUGUGAAAGACAACCCACAAAUAACCUUCAUCUUUGACGAAAUGAUCACAUCAAUCGAGGAGAAAGAUGACGGAAAAGUAGACGUGACUUUCAAAAACAAGACUGCUCCCACGAGAUAUGAUCUGGUUGUAGGUGCAGAUGGUCAGAUGUCACGUACCCGACGCCUCGUCUUCGGUCACGGUCCCAACAAUGACGAUUACUUGUACCGCCUAGGACAAUACUCCGCCUUAUUCACUAUGCCGCGCGAUCCAACUGACACCCAGUAUGCGCAAUGGUACAACGCAUCGCGCGGCCGCCUUUUCCUCCUCCGACCAGACCAGUACGGUACGACGAGAGCAUACCUUGCUGUCACCGAUGCUAAUCUCUCCCGUUUUGACGAGAUUGAUCGCCUCCUGAAGAAGGGAUCAAGAGAAGAACAGCAAGAAUGGUUUGAAAAGGAGUUUUCAGACGCUGGGUUCCAGGCAGAACGCUGUAUUCGAGAGAUGAAGAAAGCAGAUGAUUUCUACAUGCAGCAGAUUGCCCAGGUUAAGAUGGACACAUGGGUGAAGGGACACGUCACUUUGGUAGGAGAUGCAGCGUAUUGUCCGAGUCCAAUCUCUGGUGUGGGUACAGGUGCAGGAAUAGUGGGCGCCUAUAUUCUUGCAGGCGAAUUGUCCAAGAUGCCCAAUGAUGUUCCCUCUGCUCUGGCCAAUUACGAACGUAUCACCAGGCAAUACGUCGACAAGGCCCAAAGACUUAUACCGGGUGCUCCACAAAUCGCAAAUCCUCAAACUGAAUGGGGUAUUACAGUCUUCAACAAUGUCACAGGUGUACUUUCACAUCCAUUUGUCCAAAGAUUCAGCGGUGUGCUUGGUCGUGUUAUACCCGCAUUUGGAAGUACGAAAAUCUGGACACCACCUGAAUAUGAAGCAUAAAACCUAUGGGCUGUAGAGUAACGCUUGGACAGAAACAAUUUGUCGCAGACAUGCUUCUUGGCCCUUGUCAACCCGCUCUCCAAAUGUUGCAUUCAUAUAUAAGCGUAGAAAUAUAAAAUUGCGUUUACCUAUUAGACGAUCAACAUAGGUACAUUGGUAAACAGUAGAGGUCUUGAUACUGUAAAUGUACCAGAUCAUCGCUCACUGUUUAGAAGAUUUCUCCAAAGACACAUGAAUGAGAAUUGCCAAGAAGAAUACCAAGAAAGUCAGGGUGAAUACUAUGGAUGUUCGUUGCUAGCUACAACCGGUAUCUGUAGAUGAAUUGGUCCCCCGAAAGCUAAGCAUCGUUGCUGAGAAGGUCGACAUUGACCCCUCUCAAGGCGUC